CCCUGGCCCUCGGGAGCUUGUGCUGCGAGGAGCCGGUGGGCGACCGGGCGUCCCUGCAGCCAGCGGGCAGGAGGAGGAGCCGCCGCCGCGCCAGGGGCAGCCGGGGGAGCCGACGAGUGCGCCCCAGGUGGUUGCCCCCUCCCUCUCCUGAGAUGUCAGGAAGCAGGGGGCCACCUGCGUCCCCCACAGGGGCCCCCCGGAGCCUGGGGGCCCCCAACCCCGGAGCUCGGAGGCGGAGGAGGUGCUGACAGGUGCUCAGCGAGAUGCUCCCCCACCCCUCAGGCUCCCUCCCCAUCCUCCUACUUUUCCUCCUCCCCAGUGUCCCAAUGGAGCCCCACGCCUCACCCUCACCCCUGCCCCCAUUUCCAGUCCCCGAGUGGGACCUCUUGUCCCCCCGAGUAGCCCUGUCCAGGGGUACCCCCGCUGGGCCCCCUCUGCUCUUCCUGCUGGAGGCUGGAGCCUUUGGGGAGCCAACUGGCAGCCCGGCCAACCGCAGUCGGCGGGGGGUGAGUGAGACAGCACCAGCGAGUCGCCGCGGAGAGCUGGCUGUGUGUGACGCAGUCAGCGGCUGGGUGACAGACCGCCGGACUGCUGUGGACCUGCGUGGGCGCGAGGUGGAGGUGCUGGGCGAGGUGCCUGCGGCUGGCGGCAGUCCCCUUCGCCAGUACUUCUUUGAAACCCGCUGCAAGGCUGACAGCGCUGGGGAAGGUGGCCCCGGUGGGGGUGGAGGAGGCUGCCGGGGUGUGGACCGGAGGCACUGGGUGUCUGAGUGUAAGGCCAAGCAGUCCUACGUGCGGGCAUUGACUACCGAUGCCCAGGGCCGUGUGGGCUGGCGAUGGAUUCGAAUUGACACUGCCUGUGUCUGCACGCUCCUCAGCCGGAAUGGCCGGGCCUGAGGCCCAUGCCUGGGAACUGGGCAGGUAGAGGAAGAAGAGAGCUGGAUGCUGAAAGACCUCAGGGGUGGCCUGGCUGCUCUAGGCGUCAGUUUGGGAACUCGUCAAAUGGUCACAAAAAUCACAGCUCUCCGAUUUUGAGAGCUCCAUCUGGGCAAGAAAGACAGAUGGUGAAACCAAAUGGGGGUUUUGAAGGAUGAAUAGGAGUUCUCUUGGAUGAACUUGAGGGUAAUAAUGAUGAUGAUGAUGAUAGCCAAUAUUUUCUGAGUGCCUACUGUUUAUGAGCUCUAAUACACAACUUGUCAGAUCAGCUCUGGUGGAUUUGACCAUUGGAGGCCCUCAGCUUCUAAGUUGCUGACCAUGCGAUCUCAGAGGACAUCACCUUGCCCACCCUGGAGAGAGUGACAAGGAGGGGAUAUGUCAAGAAGUGUGUGUGGGAGCAUAAAAACUGGAACAUGUAGGCAGCUAGUUGGGAGCUGGGGUUCAAAUGAGAAAUCUUACUUAGUCAGAUAGGGCAAGUGUUGGCUUAGAUAUUCUGUUUUGAGGUAGUGAGCUACCUAUCACAGCAGGAGCACAAGCAAGGUUGAAUGACAGGAGGUCAGGAUGCUUAAGAGUUUGGCCUUGGUGGGGAGUUGGAAUCAGGUUUCUACCCCUCUUCCCUGUCCCAACCUUUACCCUAUACUAGUAAAGAAAUAGACCUUACCAUCGUCCAGCUUGAGUAGAGCAUGAGGUUUUGACCAACUGGCCUGUCCCCUGGCUGGGAUCAGGGGUGAUUUGGACCCUGAUCAUCCUAGAAUGAGCCAGGAAAAUCCAACAGGAGAAGCGGCCCCAGAAGCCUGAAUGAGGGGGUCAGUGGCACCCUGGGCCAGGCUGCAGAAGGCAGCCUCAGUUUUCCCUGUCUGAAGAACAGGUUGGUGGGAUGAGAUAAUGGGGGCUGAGGAGGCAGAGGCUUUGACCAAAAGGGCUUUAAAGUGAGGAAGUGACAAGUCAGGGAUAGACCUCACACCCUCAGGACACCCCUUCAUAUAUUACCAUUCCAUAGCCACAUGCAAACACAGACACACUUUUGCCCUUGUUUCUGCAUCUCUGUGUUCUGGGUCUGUGGUUCCCGCUCUCUUUUCUGCCGCCUCCUUUGUUGUCUCUCUGUCUAAAUUCCUGUCCCACCAUCUCUGGGUCAGUAGCUCUCUUUCUGUCCCUG